CCUCCCGCUUGGCACCGUACUCUGACUCCUCAAGCCUCAAAGCAAAGCUCAGGACCUGCGCUGGCGAACAAGACGCCGCGCACGGACGGACGGACGGACGCAAGCGUGACUGCACAGCAGACGUCUCAGCCAUGAGCGACAUUCCUGCCAGCACGAUCCCCGUGGCGUGCUCUGAGUGCCGCGCGACCAAGGUCCGCUGCCUGCCGCUCGCCGAGCCGGGCGGCCGCUGCAAGCGCUGCGAGCGGCUGUCGCUCGAGUGCGUCUACCUGGCGCACCGCAAGGGCCGCAAGCCGACGGUCAGCCGCUCCAGCGAGGCCGGGCCCUCGGCCAGCCCAGGUGCGCACAAGAAGCAGCGUCUCAACUCGGCGCACGGCUCCGCUGCCGGCAAUGGCUUCGGGCGCGCCUACUCCAACGGCGUCGCCUCGGGCUCGUCGGUCGCGUCGCCGGCGCAGCAGGCGCCGGCGCCGAUCAGCCUGGCACGCAGCUCGGCCUCGCAGGCCCAGGUGCUGAGCCGCCCGCCGCCGUCGCUCGCCGACCUGCUGCAGCCGUGGAUGGGCUCGGACCCGUCGCUGCUCGCGCACAUCCCGCCCAGUCCGCGUCCGCCCCCGUGGGAGCAUCUCGACCCCGUCAGCCUCGAGAUCGUGACGCUCGAGGAGGGUCGCCAGCUGUUCGCCUUCUUCUUUGCCUACUACCUGCCGUGGUGUGCCAUGUUUGAUCCCACUCUCCACACGCACGACUACGUGCGCUCUGCGUCGCCCUUUCUGUACUGCGCCAUUUUGACCAUCACAGCAAGGCUAGCCAUACCCGCCGACGAGGCGACAGACGAGCACCGUCGUUCACCGGUGCCCAUCCUGGCGCGUGCGGCCCUCAAGCGGCGGCAGCUCGCUACGCACGUCGACCUGCUGCGCACGUGGAGCUUCAAGGACGACGAGCCGCGCAUCGAGACGUGCCAGGCGCUCUUCUGUCUCGCCACGUGGAAGGAGCCCGACGACCGCCUCUCGUACCUGCACUGCGGCUUCAGCUUCCGCAUCGCCAUGGCCAUGGCGCUCGACGCCAAGCAGAACGUCAGCGACAAGGGCGAUGCCAACGCCGAGGCCGAGCACCGCUGGUUCCUGAAUCGCCAGCGCACGUGGCUGGCGCUCUUCAUGCAGGAUCGCACGCAGUGCAUGCACUACCUCACCACGCCCACGUUCCCGCACGACAACGAGCUGAUCACCGAGUGCACCAUGUGGCACGCGCAGCCCGGGACAUUCGUCGACGACAAGCUACAGUGCGCGAGCGUCGACUGCCGGCGCAUGCAGAGCAAGUAUCUCGCAGUCAUCAGCCGGCUGGCGCCGGACCACGCCAGUGCCAGCAGCUCGCACAGCGCGCUGGCCGAAGGGCCCAACGUGCUGCUGCCGGCGCUGCAGAGCGAGGUGCGCGAGUGGAACGCGCGCUGGCACGGCGAGGUGCAGCGCGCGCACGCCGGCAUCGAUCCGGCAGAGUGGGGCCACAAGAGCACGAUUCUGGAGAUCUGGAUCAACUCGAUCGAGCUGCACGUCUCGACGCUCGGCCUCAAGCACAGCUUCCAGCACGCGCGCCAGGCCGACCUCGGCUCGCUGCUGACCGACAUGCCGGCGCUCUGGCCGUGUGUGCGCACCGCGCGCGCCAUCCUCAUCGCGCUCACAGCGCUGCCGCCGCUCUACUUGCGCAGCACUACGGACGGCGUCGGCCUCCUGGCGCCGUGGGCAGCGCUGCUGCUCUGCCGUCUGGCGUCGAUUCAGCGCAUGCAGAAGGGCGGCGAGAGCACUGCGGCGCAGAGCAUCGACAUAAUCCGACGCUGCCGCGAUGCCUUCUCCGCGUGCAUCCUCACAAGCACAGACAACGCUCGGCUUUUUGCGCGCACCCUCGACGGCAUUCUGCAGGAGACGACCGCUAAGGCUGCAGCGCACGCUUCGGACGAGCCGAUCCUCGCGGCCGGGCAGCGCACGAGCCGUGGCACGCCGCCGCGCGGCUGGCUGUGGUCGAGCGACUCGCUGUCGGGCCGCAACGUCUCGCCGAAGCGCGAGCAGACCGACGCCUCGCCGCCGUCGCAGGCAUCCGAGACGCCCAACGGUGCACCCUUGGCGGACGCCUCUUCGAGCGCACAUGCGGACGCACUGCUGCUGAUGAGCGCCACGAGCAACGCGGCGUACAACGCUCCGCCGCAGCUCCCACCUGCGCGUGCGGCAGCCCCGUCGAGCGCCGCUGCUGCCCGGGCUCCGCCAGUGGGCCUCGCACCGAUGCUCUCUGCGCCCGACGCUCCGUCGCAGUACGCGCAGCAGGCUGCAGCGCCGCAGGACAUGGAUCUGAUGGGCAACGUCGGCGACUGGCAGCCGCGGCAGGACGAGGCGAGCAAUGCGGCGUUCGAGGAUCUGCUGCGCUUCCUCGACAGCGGGCUGGGGCCCUUCGAGCAGGGCGCGCUGCAGAUGUAGACGCGCACAGCGCAUACGGGAAGUCACCCUGUUUCUUUGCUGCGCGACUGAUGCGAUUAGGGUGAGGCUAUGUGCGUGACGGAUGUAC